AUGGCGGUGGAUGAGUUUGAUCCUCUAAUCACCAGUGUUGCCAGACAGGCGUCAACUGGACAGAUCAUUCGUCUGCCAUGGCACACCCGGCCUAUUGCUUUAGGGUCAUUCUUCAACACAAAAACAGCAUCAACAUCAAAAGUCGACCCAUUCUCGCGGGAUUCUGCAUUUGAUGCCGAAUCAGUGCGCAAAUCACGUAUCAAUUUCGAGCCAUUUGACGGUGAUGCGUCGUACAAAUCCAGUGAAUCUACAUCUUCAUCAAGCUCUGCUGAUCACCUCAGCGUCGGUGUUGGGGUUGGCAUAUCUUGCUUUGUUGUUUCCGCCAGUGUAUCUUUUAUGACAACCUACCGAGCAGGGUCCGUCACCUUUUCAAGGCCUCCGAAACUGUCAGAGGAUGCCUUACAAACUAUUAAAUACAAUGGCGGAUUAUCUGCCUUCAAACAGAGGUGGGGUGAUUACUAUGUCGCGGGUUACAGAAUCGGUGGUGAUGCCGGAGUUAUGAUGAGUCUUGGCUCCAGCAGUAAGACUGUUUCAGAAAGUGUCACAGUUUGCAUCAAAGUCGAGAUCUUGUUCUUCUCCUUCGAGGAUAGCUGGUCCAAAAGCUGGUCAUCGGCCGAAUCAGAUCUGCGAGUCACCUUGUCUUGUUUUUCGACCGUUGAGCAAACCAAGAUCCAAGAACAGCGACAGCUGGGGGAUCCUAAGCUUUACAGUUUUAUUCAAGAAGCUCGGGGCAUACAUAAUCGGGCCCAGGGAUUGAUCGACACUGUACAGCGGAAACUGGAUCAGCUCGGUGUUUCCAAUGAUAAGCAUGUCACUAUUGAGCAAUGUGUGGGUCUUUGUAAAUCAGGGGUGGUGGUGGAGUUACUGUUAUUUCCGGUUGAGAACCUUAGGGAGUUGCAAUAUUGGAAAACUGAUGAGAAUGUGAUUUGUAUGUAA